UUAUCUGAAAAAUAUUGACUUUGAAAGUGAUUGACCGAACGUGUUAAAAGUUGUAGUUGUUAAACUAUGGUUCCACAAAAAGAUAAAGUUAAUGAAAUUAUUUACAUGAAUGAGAUCAACGAUGACGAAAAAUCGUCGAAAUCAUUGGUUUCUAAACCAUUACAAGCGAAUGUUAGAUCGCGUUCCGGUUCCAUGCUUGAAACAGACAAUACAAACAAUCCACGGCCUACAUUCGGUCCAGAAAUCGACGACCUUGAACCAGGCGGAAAUUUCCCCAUAGGAUUUGAACCACGGAUAGGAAUUGACGAUGGUCUUCUGCCAAGCGAACCGGGAACUCCAAGAACCCCAUUUUUACCAGUGCCGCCUAUUCAGCCGAUACCUGACGUGAAUAUCUAUCAGCACAAGAAAACGCUCGCACAAGGAAUGAUGGAUCUGGCUCUUUUGUCUGCCAACGCAAAUCAAUUGCGUUACGUCUUACAAACUGACGGGGGGCAUCCAUACUAUUAUCCGUCUUUGGUGCUAAUAGGUUCUAGCCUGAUAUUACAAAUUGCCAUAGGAAUAGGACUGAUCUUGAAUAGCAGGUAUAAUGUUAAAGACGAUGCUCAAAUGUGCAAAGCUGAGCGAACUAAUAAUUGGACAGUGAUCGGUAUAUUUCUAGUAACAAUUUUUAAUGUUUUUAUCUCGUCGUUCGGCGUUGUUGAUCAAGUAUCAGUGAUUCCUGUAAUAUCUAGAAUUGCUAGUGAAAAUGAUGACGGAUAA